CCAAAAGCCGGACCGGUAACGCCCUCGGGUUGGCGGGACUGAAACACGGCCGCAUAUGUCCAAGCCCAGGCCCAGCCCAGGGGGGGCGAAGCCGGUGUGUAAAGUGCAGUUUUUUUACCCUCUUCUACCAAGUAUGUGUGUGUACUAUGUCGUAUGCAUGUCCCGGGCGGACAUACCGCCUCUCCGUUUUGUGGGUUUUGGCAGUUAAGCGCCGGCCUGGGCCUCCUCCUUCCCCUGCUCAAUGCUGCUGCAGACUGCGGACUGCUGUUGCUGCUGCUGCUGCUGCUGCUGCCUGCCCUGGUCGGGUCAGCCCUACGUGUAACCAACCGCUGCUGCUGCGGCUGCUGCUCUUUCCCCGCUGCCGGUAGAUCGGGGGUUGGGAAUUCUUCCCCCUUUUUUUUUCCAGGUUUUGCUGGCGUGUUGGCCGGCCUGGAGGGUUGUGUUGCAGAGGUUCGGCUGUUGUUCGGUGGGAUGCGUCGAGGGGGCGUUACCGGGUUACGCGGUUACGAGGAGGGUUAUUUUGGUUGUUGUUGCGGAAUUUUGACUCGGGGUGUGACAACAUCAUAAGGGGUUGGAGGUGAGUGGUGGCCAUCUCACCGGUCUGCG